GGGCCGUACACCUGUUUGUUUAUAAUCGAUGCAGGUGGUGAAACGUUGUGAAUAAUUUUGUUAAAUUUCUUGAUAUGUGUGACUCAAGCAUAGAAUAAAUACUUUGAUUAUCAUUCUUUUUCAAGACUGAUAAUAAGAAGUAAGGAAAUGGAACAAUCAGUCAACUCAGUAUCUGAACCAGAUCCAGGUGAUGGUUCCCAGAUCAGUAUUGCCCCUAAAAAGAGAUUGAAUGAUAAAACUCCAUUACUGAGAAAUGUUCGUCUCCUAUGCAGUUUCAAUGACAACAGUUCGGAGUCACAAAGUAUAACUACAAACAAUACAAGUAAUAGUACGAGUCUGAGGAGUCUUACUACAUUUCCUGGAGUAUUUGUUCCUGUUUCUUUAUCAAUGUUCAGUGCUGUUCUAUUUUUAAGAGUUGGUUUUAUCGUGGGUCAUGCUGGUCUGCUGGAAACACUUGCAGGAGCUAUUUUAUCAUAUGUUAUUUUAGUCUCUACUGUUUUGUCUAUUUGUGCUAUUUCUACUAAUGGAGCUGUUGAAGGAGGUGGAGCUUACUUUAUGAUUAGUCGAGCUCUUGGACCAGAAUUUGGAGGCAGUAUUGGUACACUCUUCUUUCUUGCAAAUAUUUUUUCUAGUGCUUUAUAUAUUGCUGGUUGUGUGGAAGGUUUAGUGGAUAGUUUUGGACCUUCAGGAAGUUUGGAAUCUAUUUUACCUGGUGGAAAAUGGUACAACUUUCUCUUUGGAUCCUGUCUAAACUUUUUUAACCUGAUUGUGUGCCUUGUUGGAGCAUCUAUGUUUGCACGCACAUCUGUUAUCAUAUUUUUCAUAGUAAUUUUCAGUACUGUUUCUGUCCUUAUCAGUUUUCUAUCAGUGCAUCCAUUUUUUGUUUCCAUUCCUGCUGAAAAUACCAUUUUGAACUUAACUCAGGCUGAAUAUACUGGAUUUAGUUGGCAUACAUUCACCAGUAAUAUUUGGGAAAAUUAUGGGAGAGAUUACACAACUGGCAAAAUGACAACUUUUGCUACAGUUUUUGCUGUGAUGUUUAGUGGUGUAACUGGAAUCAUGGCUGGAGCAAACAUGUCUGGGGAUUUAAAAGAACCUGGGCGUUCUAUACCAAAAGGGACACUUACUGCCAUGGCAUUUACAUUUGUGACAUAUAUCAUAUUGUUUUUCCUUUCUGCUGCUACUUGUUCUAGCGUUUUAAUGAAGAAUAACUAUUUAUACAUGCAGUACAUUAAUUUAUAUCCGCCGUUGGUUGCCAUUGGUUUAUUUUGUGCAACUCUGUCUGCUUCUUUAAGUAAUUUGAUUGGAUCUUCAAGGGUCUUAGAAGCAUUAGCUAAAGAUGAAAUUUUUGGUCCAUUACUAAUGCCUGUUGUAAAAUUUACACGCGCUGGUAAUCCUAUUGCAGCAGUCUUUAUAGCUUGGUUUCUUGUUCAGCUCAUUCUUUUGAUUGGAUCAUUAAACACAAUAGCACAAAUUACAUCAGUAUUCUUUCUUUUGUCAUAUUUUUCUACCAAUCUGGCCUGCCUAGCUCUUGAGUUAGCAUCAGCACCUAAUUUUAGGCCAUCUUUCAAGUAUUUCUCUUGGCACACAACUGUGAUAGGCAUUUUAGGAUGUAUGACUAUGAUGUUUGUAAUAAGCCCUCUGUAUGCUGCAAUAUCCAUAAUUAUGUGUUUGUUGCUUGUUAUAAUUUUACAUCUGAGAUCUCUUCCUGUACGAUGGGGAUCUAUUAGUCAAGCUUUAAUAUUUCAUCAGGUACGAAAGUAUCUGCUGCUUUUGGAUAGUCGAAAAGAUCACGUAAAAUUUUGGAGACCUCAAUUCUUACUUUUAGUUGCUAAUCCCCGAUCAUGUUUGCCACUGAUAUUAUUUGCUAAUGAUUUAAAAAAGAGUGGCUUAUAUGUGAUUGGGCAUGUGAAGAUUGGAGUAAUCAGUGAUAAUCUCUUAUCAGAUCCUGUGGCUGAAGAAUAUCCAUUAUGGUUGACACUUUUGGAUAAGCUAAAAAUUAAAGCUUUUGUUGAAGUAACAUUAUCUCCAACAGUAAGAGAAGGUUUCCAUCACUUAGCAAGAAUUUCAGGUCUUGGAGCCAUGAAGCCAAAUACUGUUCUUUUAGGCUUCUAUGAUGAAGUUGAGCCUGAAGAUUUCUUUGAGAAAGAUUCUGCAUUCAGUGAUAUCCAAAGGGUUAUCUUGAAGGAUCAAGUUUUCUUGGAACUUCGGGAAAAGUCUAAUGGGCGAUCACUUUCAGCAGAGGAAUAUGUAAAGAUAAUAUGGGAUGGUAUAUUCUGCCUCCAAAAGAAUGUAUGUCUUGCUCGACAUUUUCAUAAAUUGGAUAAAAAGGGUUUAAUGAGGAAAGGAAAGAGAAAAUAUUUGGAUCUUUGGCCCAUCAACUUUUUUAAUCCAAAGUCAGCAACUUGCAUUGAUAAUUGCUGGCAGUUCAUUAUGCAACUUGCUUGUAUUUUGAAUAUGGUUGGUGGAUGGAAGUCUUGCACAGUAAUUAGAGUUUUCAUGUGUGUAAGUGCACAUUCAGAAAAUUCUUUAUACCACCAACAGCAAUGGGAAAAUAUGUUACGUCUACUAAGAGUCAAUGCUAGUAUAAGUAUUAUUUUAUGGGAUCAUGUAACAGCAUUAUUGGACUCAGUUGAUGAUUCUGAUAUAGGUCAAGUGAAUAUGGGGUAUAUUUCAGGUGUGAAUACUAUGAUAAAACAGCACAGUCAACAGACUUCAGUGAUUUUUAUUUAUCUUCCUCCACCACCGCAAACUCCUAAUGAUCAGUUGCAGUAUCUACAGCAAUUAGAUGCAUUAACUAUUAAUUUACCUCCAACUCUGCUAGUCCAUGGAAUAAAUCCAGUUACAUCUACAGCUUUGUGAGCUUGUAAUCAGUUAUGUCUAUUAUUUUUUGUAGUAUAUUUAUAUAUUGCGUUACUAAAUAUAUAGAAAUGAAGUAUAAAAAAUUUGUAUCCUGCAGGUUUUGUAGGUUGAUCACUUGUUUCACUUAAACUCACCUGUUUAGUAAAACUAAAAGCUAGAUGACUUUGGCAAAUUAUUGAAUGAAAUAUUUUAAAAAGUUAUUACUGUCUGUUUUAGAAACAUGUAAUUGUUUAUUCUUUUCAUGCCUGUAAUUUUUUUCUUUAUGUAACAUAGAAAUACAUUUUCAACAGAUUAUAUUUUAGCUGAAAUGUUUUCAAAUUUUACCAAAAUUUUUCUCUUACCUCCUUUGUUUUUUCUUGAACUUGUUUUACAAAUUAUGCUGUCCGUUAGUAAUUAUAUGGUACCUGUUUAUCUAUUAAAUUAUUAUUCCAUUUGUUGUGAUAAAAAGAGUAGUGUAUGCUUAGGUUUUGAAAUUAUAUAUUUAUAUAAUCUUUGCAUAAUUUAUUUUGUAAAUUAUUUCUUCCUUUGAGAUUUAACAUACUAUUUUUAAAUAGAGUAUGCAUUACUCUUAUCUUAGCAUGAAUGUUUUUCAUAUGUAACAUAAAUGUCUUAAGACAUUUUGUAAUGUUUUACAUAUUGGGAAAUGAGAGUAAUAAAUUGAGUGUAUCUGUAGUUUUCAUUUUAAGCUACAAAUAUUUAAAUUAAGGAAGAGAAAACCUCUUCUCAUUUAGUUUUACCUUUUUCUGAGCAUUUCAUGAAUAGGUAUUUCCAAAAUCAUAAAAGUAGAUUAUUCUGAAAACACCUUAAAUCAGAUGUUUAUGGAAAAAUUUGCGUCUAAAAUAUUCAUAACGUAGAAUUUGAAUUGCUGAAUCUAUUUGAAAUAAAUUUAUUUCUACAUUAUUUUAAAUGUGUAAUAUUAAAAAAAUUCAUAAUUUGAAUUUGAAUUUCAUCAGGAAAAGUAUAUUAAUUUUGUAUUUGAUAUUACCAUUCCAUAUAUAAAGAAUUGUUUAUUCAGUAAAAUUUACAUAUUUAUUUAAAAGUUCAAAAUAAGAUUUUUCUCUUAUUUUUGAACAGUUAAAGGUUAACAAUAUAAUGUGUAACUGUUUCUGGUAAAAUUAUUUUGUUUGUGUUUUAUAUAUAAAAAGUUGUAAUGAAAGCGAAAUGUGUUAAGCAACCCAACCAACUAUUCGAUAUCAUUCCUGUGAAAUGUGCACUUUGAGAUCUGUAAAAAGGAAAAGAAUUUGAUUUAUCUGUGUUAAAUAUUAUAAUGUUUAUUAGGAGAGUUUAAUGAUCGCUUCACUCUAAAUUUUGCUCGAUGAGUUUAAGUUUUUAAAUAUUUAUUUUGUUUAUGCAAAUUACUUCAGAAGAAAUUGAUUUCAAAAAUAUAAUGUCUUUUUUUACAUAUGUGCUUAUGUAUACAAACUUGAAAAAUGUAGCAUCAAGGAAUGCAGUAAUUGCUACAGAACUCUGUCAUAUUAAAGCUUUUUUCUAAAAGUUAGUAUACAUAGGUGAUAUACAGUUGUUCUUAAUUUACAAUUAAUAAGUUAGAAAAUUUGAUAGUUGAUUAAAUAAUAGAAUUAUAUUUCAAGUAAGUAAUUGAUAAAUUAUGUUAGCUGAUGAAAUUUCCUAAAAUUAAUAAGCAAUUAGUGUUAUCAUUUUAAUGCUGUACUUCCAGAAUGAUGAAUAUAGAAAA